AUGACUGCACAGGCCGCCCUCGCCGCCGACCUGGACAACAACUGGGAGGUGCUAGCCGAGCCGGUGCAAACGGUGAUGCGGCUCUACGGCGUCGAGUCGGAGCUGACGCGCGGCCGCAAGAUCGACGCGGAGGGGAUGCGCGCCUUCGUGGCGACGCUCGACAUCCCGCAGGAGGCAAAGGAGCGGCUGGCCGCCCUCACGCCCGCCUCGUACAUUGGCCGUGCCGCCGAGCUCGCCAAGGCCAUCUGAUGGGCCUCGCACCGGGGCCGCUCCUCAGCCCGCUUCACUUCACCCGGCUCUCGGCCGUCGAGCCCGCCAACGCCACCUGAGCCGUCUCGGGGCCGGGAAGGGGGGGGGCGGUGGCAGUCGUCCCUUCCUCUAGGGAGAUGCCUCAGGGGGUGCAGGCUCUCGCUGGAAGCCUCACUGGUAGCAUUGCGCGCGGGAUCAGCGCACAGCGGGGUCUCGCACUCUCUCACUGGCGCGUGGCGCGGGGCUUUUUGCACAUCGGGCGAGACAAAAUCAAAA